CCACUCUUCUGUUUCACUAAACAAAUGAAAACCUCAUCCAUAAAUUCCAUCCUCUCUGUUUCCCGUAGGGUUUAACUCCGAUUCCACUCGCCGCCGCCAUGGGCGGAGCCACCCGGUUCUUCGUCCUCCUCUCCGGCCCUCUUCCUCUCAUCCACCACCGACGCCCUUCCAUUCUCCGCCUCGCCUCUCACUACCACAACUUCUUCCGAUCUUCCUUCUCCUUCUCUUCUCUUCACACCACCAACGUCUGCAUUCCUCCAAUCUUAUCCCCCUCCUUUCCCCCAAUUACAGCCUCUCGCCGCCUCCAUUCACAGGUCUCCACUGUAGGGGACGAUUCCGGGAGUUUGGAGGGCUCGGGGUGGUCCGGCUAUGGUGCGUUCUCUCCGAAUUCUCAUAAUUCGCGAGAAUGGUCCAAGUUCCUCCAGAGUCUCGACGCUGGUGGCUACUUCGGUCGCCAGGGUUCCGCAAGUGAGCUUCUCGCUGUUGAGGAGCUGCCGGCUGAGUUUGUGAGUGCGGCAAUUGCUUGCUUGGCGUUCUCUCGCGAGCGGGAACAACUACUAGGAUUGCUUCCUAUGAGGGAUAUUGAGGUGUUGGUCGAAAGUGUGAUCCCGUGUCUGUUCAGAGACGGGGAUGCCUCGACGAGGAAGAUGGAAUUGUUUUUACGAGGCAGCGAAACUCAGGUUUUGGAUUCUGAUAAAGCACGGACAAUUGAUUUAUUCAAAUUUAUCUUGAGCUAUGCAAGGAACCCGACUGUUUCUUCAGAGAGUAAUCUGUACAGUAGAGAUCUGGUAGAAUCAUCUGUGAGGAAUCUGUUGGGUGAAAUAUGCAAGCUUUGUUUUAGCAAUCCAGAUCCGAAGCUUAUGGAGACAGUCAAUCAGUUUUCUGACAAGUAUGGGCAAUCUCGAGGGCCUUAUGGGCCAAAAAUAGAAAUGAAAAGAGGUGACUGGAUUUGUCCAAGGUGUAGUUUCAUGAACUUUGCAAGAAAUGUGAAAUGCCUUGAAUGUGAGGAGGCCCGACCAAAGAGACAGCUCACUGGUGCGGAGUGGGAAUGUCCUCAAUGUGAUUUUUUCAAUUAUGGGAGGAAUACAGUAUGCUUAAGGUGUGAUUGCAAAAGGCCAGGGGCUCCAUCUCUUAGUAACAUUAACAUAAAUUCUGGUUUGGGCAACGACAAUGGGAGUCAAGCAACUAAGGUUGACAUUGAUAGUAAAUUGGCUGCAAAUGAAGAGAAGGCACAACGCUGGUUUAGUAAGAUUUCUCAGCAGGACAGUACGUCUGAUUCGGGCUCCUCAAUAGCAGAUGAGGAUUUUCCUGAAAUAAUGCCAUUGAGAAAGGGAGUUAAUAGAUUUGUUGUUAGCACGAGGAAGACUCCUCUGGAGAGGAGGUUGGCUAAUGCUCAAUACAGAAGAAACUUGGGCAACGAUGGUGUUCCAGAAAAUAAUAGCAGUAAAGUUGAUGCUGCCAAUAGAUCUCUUGAUAAAACAAUAAGCCAAAAUUUGGAUGACAUUCUUGGUCGCACAUCGACAAAUUAUCAGGCCUCGAAUGUUGGAAAUGAACAAGGUACUACAUCAUCUGUUUCAGGUUCUUCGCAGUAUGAAUCCUUGAAAGUACGUAAUUCCAGUUAUGUUCCAUUUGUUCCAUUGCCUCCAGAUAUGUUUGCAAAAAAACCUGAUAACAACAAAUCCGUUUUGUCAGACGCUAAUGAGUGGACAGGUAGUGCUUCUAAGAGCAAUGAAUUGAAUGAUGUAGGAGUUAUUCCAAAUACAGUGGAAAAACCAAUGAAUCAGACUGAGAAACUCAAUGAAGGAGAGGAGGAAACCGAAAAGUCUGAGAGAUGGUUUAAAAGGGUUGCGGAGCUGCACAAUGUAUCAGAUCUUACAAGUGCAAUUUCUGACGAAGACUUUCCUGAGAUCAUGCCAAUGCGCAAGGGAGACAAUAGAUUUGUAGUUAGUAAAAAGAAAGACCGUUCUCUAACUUCUCCAGCUUAUAAGAGGCGUGCGUCGAUGGAGCAAGCUGGCAGUUCCAACUUCGUCCCCUUUGUUCCCUUCCCACCGGACUACUUCGCUAAAAAAGACAAGCCCUCGUCAGAUGGUUCGACUAGUAAUGUGACCGGUGAAGCUCAGUCGAGUGAUACUAGAAUUGAAUUUGAUGAUAGAGAUAAUGCUGAACAGUCUGAUAACCUACAAACCCAAACGGGCAAGUUGAAUUCAGAACUUCUUUCUGGGAAUUCAAGUCAGAACAAUGAAGCUGCAGAGUACAGAGUACCCAACAUUCAAAGCUCAGGCACGAAUUUUGUUAGUUCUCAAUCCGCUCGGGAGAAUGUAUCAAGUAGUGAUCAUGUUGAGGAGGCUAAUAACAACACAAAUGUAGCAGGAAAUCCAUCCCCAGCAUCCGAGAUACAGAACAUAAGGGAGAAAUGGAGUGGAAAGAGUUUAGAGGGUUCAGCAGUCACUGAACCAGAUCCAUUGGACAUGUCAGAAGAGGCCAAAGCACAGAGAUGGUUCCGCCGCGUUGCUCAGAUCAAGGACAUCUCCGAGCUAAGUCAGAUUCCCGACGAGGAUUUUCCAUCGAUCAUGCCGAUGCGCAAAGGCGUCAACCGGUUCGUAGUCAGCAAGAGGAAAACACCAUUGGAGAGGAGGUUGACAUCGCCUCAAUACAGAAGAAAUCUGCCCAUUGUUAGUUCAGACCCACCAAAGAGAGAAAAUGAUGGCAGUUAAAAGCACCCGACGGUAUUUAUUUUCUUUCAUGAAACUUAGAUUACAUUAUUGGUGUUGGUUUAUUCUGUAUCAUGAAACAGAAGGAAAUUUGAUAUGGCUCUUAUAAUUUAUAAUCACAUUAUUGAUUAAAUUGAAUUAAAUACGGAUGAGUUUGUGAUGUCA